AUGGCGAGCAUCGAUCCCCAGCUGCUGGAAUCGGCGCGCGUGGGCUCGUGGGAGGCGCUGGAUGUCCUUUUUCAGCGAGAAGACACACAAGACCCGCCAAUGAUGAUUCCUGCUGAAGAAAUUCGUGCGUUGCUAGCGAGAGUCAAGGGAAGUAUCACGGUCCCAGCUGCUGGUGAUGUAGAAGAACUCCUACAGGGCCUCACUCCUGAUGGGGACACUGCAUUACAUGUGGUCGCCAGCAACGGGAAUGCCCAGGAUUUCUUGAAGUAUGCCGGCAUGAUUUGCGGCAGGGACAGGGGUCUCCUGUUUGCCAAGAAUCACAAUGGUGACACGCCAUUGCAUUGUGCUGUCCGAGCUGGGAACGCCGAAAUGGCGUCUCGUCUCAUUGAUCUAGGUGGACAUGGAGCUGCUCCUAGCAAAAUUAGUCCGAUGCUGCUCACAUCGGCGCGCGUGGGCUCCUGUAAGGCGCUGGAUUUCCUUUUCCGUCGGGAAGACGCACAAAAUCCACCAAUGAUGAUUCCUACUGACGAAUUUCUUGGGCUUCUAGAGAGAGACAACAGAACAAUUGGGGCGCCAUUUGCUCGUGAUGUAGAAGAGGGCGUCGACCACCUGCCUAGUUCGCUUGCAGUUCCAGGACGAGAACUCCUCAAGGGCGUCACACCUGAUGGGGAUACCGCGCUACAUGCGGUCGCCAGCAAUACUGGCGAUGGACAUGAUUUCCUCAAGUGUGCAGGCAUGAUCUGCGGCAGGGACUGGGACCUCCUGUUUGCAAAGAAUCAUGAUGGUGACACACCCUUGCAUUCUGCUGCUCGAGCUGGGAACUCCAAAAUGGUUUCUUGUCUCAUUCAUCUAGCUGGGUCUGGUGGUGUGGGUCCCAACGGGAAGCUCGCGCUCUUGAGAAUGCAAAAUAAGCGCCACGAGACGGCCCUCCACGAGGCUGUCCGAACUGAAGACGGCAGAAUUUUGGAAUACAAGCACAGAAAAGCAUCGCUUGAUGCCGGAGAAGAAAACGAGGAUGAUGCUGACGGCGCAACAGAAGAAAGGACUAUAGUCAAGCUGCUAAUGCGUGCUGAUCCGGAAUUGGCUAAUUAUCCUGAAGACGGUAUUUCCCCGUUGUACCUAGCUAUCUUUCUGCAGAAGAGUACCAUUGCACUUACUCUGUAUAAUACGAGUUGUGGUAAUCUGUCCUAUUCCGGAGCAGAUGGACAAAAUGCCUUGCAUGUUGCUCUUCUCCGAGACACAGUGAUGGUAGAGAUCCUACUGGGUUGGAACAAGAGCCUUACUGCACAAGUGGACAAAGAUGGGAGUACGCCACUACACUUCGUACAAUUUUCCUCGGGGUCUAAACAGACACUCGAAAAAGUAUUCAAAGCGAACCCUGCAUCACUGUAUCAAGCAGACAAUAAAGGAUUUUUUCCCAUACACGUGGCUGCUUCUUUAGGUGCCACAGAUGCCGUAAUUUUUUUCCUUCACGAGCGUCCAGAUAGCGCUGGAUUGCGCAACGCGAAAGGAAAGACGUUCCUUCAUGUCGCCACCGAGAAAAGAAGACUAGCCAUGGUCUCAUAUGCAUGUGGAAAUCCAUCUUUAGCUUGGAUUCUGAAUAUGCAAGAUAGUGAAGGGAACACUGCGUUGCACUUGGCUAUACAGGGUGGGAAACUUAGGAUGUUCUGUGCUCUAUUUGGAAAUCGGGAGGUGAAUCUGAAUCUAGCAAAUAACCUAGGGGAAACUCCCUAUGAUCUAUCCAGAAGUAAGCUUCCGCGUGGAAUGGGCUAUACCUGGAACUCUGAGCAUAGAAUAAAACACGCCUUGAGGUCUGUUAGGGCGAACCACGGUGCCAUUCGCGAGGAUAAGAACAAAGAAAGGUACAGCCGCCGUCCGAACCCUCAGGAAGAGGAUAGAGAAUCAGAGAGGCUGAAAGAUGCGACGCAAAUGCUUGUCGUUACUUCAGUCCUAAUAGCAACCAUGGCAUUUACUGCAACAUUUGCCCUUCCUGGAGGUUACAGAGCUGAUGAUCAUUCAAAUGGGGGAACGCCAACGCUUGCUGGUGGGUACAUUUUUGACGCGUUCAUUCUGGCCACUGCACUAGCUUUCAUCUGCUCUUUACUAGCUACUGCUGGAUUCAUGUUUUCUGGGAUUCCCAUGGUAAACUUGAGCAUGCGAAAAAUCUACUUUCAAACGGCCGUGCUCUGCAUGUCCAGUUCAGUCACAUGCUUGUCUAUUGCUUUUGCACUGGGCGUGUACAUGGUUUUAGCUCCGGUUGCUCGUAACACAGCCGUUGCUAUUUCUGUUAUUACUCCUGCCAUAUUGGUAUGUAGAGAUAUGGGGUUUCUUAUACAAGUUUUAAUUCUUGCAAGACCCUUAUUGACUCGGAAGGGGAUAUUCUUUGGAAUGGUGCAGUUACUACGUAUGAGCGUGAAAACCAUGGUCACUGCACUUUGGCCCUUCGCAGUUACCUUUUGCUGGGCCGCGUUUGCAAGGAUAUAA